GCGACAGGCGACCUCCCACCAGAUACAAACGCACAGUGUAUGUGGAAGAAGGAGGAGGCAACCGCAAAAGAGGCAUGUUGGACCAGUGACAAAGCCUGGCUUGGAACAGACCACGAAGGAACUAAACCUUCAUAAACACACACACUACCAAUCGCCCACAACCUCGACUCUUCCAGAAAUUUAAAACGGAUUUUGGGGAUUAUAAUCUUGACGGGAAUCAACAAGUAAUUCCACGUAUUUAUUUACGGUGAAAAACCUUUUGGAGACGCCAAGGCGCAAGGAAGAUAGGAGUUGGGAUCUUGAUGUUCACUUGACAUUAAUGGAAGCAACGUGGUUUACUCCGAAGCGCUUUUGAGAGCAAGUCACCAGAUGAGUCGGUUAGCGAGGAGAAUCGGACUUUGAAACGCGCGAUCUUUUGUAAGGAGCAACAGACAGAGCUGGGAGCCAAGUUGCUCAAAGACUUUCGAAACCUAUUUAUUUAUUUAUUUAUUAUUCGCCAUGGGACGCAUGCUUCUGUGUGUCUCCAUCUUGUACAUCUUGGCGUGCCAGGGUAUUUGCUCUGGUGUUUUUGAGCUGAAGUUACAGGAGUUUCUCAACAAGAAAGGUGUCCAAGGCAACAAGAACUGCUGUAAGGGUGGACUGACGUCGCUGUAUCAGCAGUGCGAAUGCAAAACCUUUUUCCGUAUAUGCUUAAAACAUUACCAACCCAACGCGUCCCCGGAGCCGCCGUGUACCUACGGAGGUACCGUUACUCCGGUGUUGGGGUCCAACUCUUUCCAGAUCCCGGACACGUUACCCGAUGGCUCUUUCACCAAUCCGAUCAGGAUGAAUUUCGGUUUCACGUGGCCGGGUACCUUUUCACUGAUCAUUGAAGCAGUCCAUGCUGACUCCAAAGACGACCUCACAACAGAAACCCCAGAGCGUAUAAUCAGCAGUAUGACCACGCAGAGGCACUUGACGGUUGGGGAAGACUGGUCCCAGGACCUACACAGCGUCGGGAGAACCGAGCUGAAGUUCUCGUACCGCUUCGUUUGUGACGAGCACUACUACGGUGAAGGAUGCUCGGUCUUCUGCAGGCCACGAGACGACACCUUCGGGCACUUCACCUGCGGCGAGCGCGGGGAAAUCAUCUGCGACGCAGGCUGGAAGGGACAGUACUGCACCGAACCAAUAUGCCUCCCCGGAUGUGAUGAGGAACACGGCUUUUGUGAAAAACCCGGAGAGUGCAAGUGCAGAGUUGGCUUCAGAGGCCGAUACUGUGACGAGUGCAUCCGGUACCCAGGAUGUCUCCACGGAACCUGUCAGCAGCCUUGGCAAUGCAACUGCCAGGAGGGAUGGGGCGGGCUCUUCUGUAACCAGGAUCUGAACUACUGCACGCAUCACAAGCCUUGCCUGAAUGGAGCCACUUGUAGCAACACUGGCCAGGGCAGCUACACCUGUUCCUGUCGCCCGGGAUACACUGGAACCAGCUGCGAGAUCGAGGUCAACGAAUGCGCGGGGAACCCCUGUCGGAACGGAGGGAGCUGCACCGACAUGGAGAACACAUACAGCUGCACUUGCCCGCCUGGUUAUUACGGCAAGAACUGCGAGCUGAGUGCCAUGACGUGUGCGGACGGGCCGUGCUUCAGUGGCGGGCGGUGCGCCGACAGCCCCGACGGAGGCUACUUCUGCCAGUGCCCCACGGGUUAUGCCGGCUUCAACUGUGAGAAGAAGAUAGACCACUGCACGUCGAGCCCUUGCUCGAACGGUGCCCGCUGUGUGGACCUGGUGAACUCUUACCUGUGCCAAUGUCCUGAAGGCUUCACGGGCAUGACGUGUGACCGCGCCAGUGACGAGUGCUCCCUCUACCCCUGCCAAAAUGGCGCCACCUGCCAGGAGGGCCCCAGCGGCUACACCUGCACCUGCCCCCCGGGGUACACGGGGCGCAACUGCAGCUCCCCCAUCAGCCGCUGCCAGCACAAUCCCUGCCACAACGGCGCCACCUGCCACGAGCGCAACAACCGCUAUGUCUGCGCCUGCCUGCCCGGCUACGGAGGGCGCAACUGUCAGUUCCUGCUUCCGGACAGAGCUUCCCAGACGGCGGGCGACAUUCCGUGGACGGCGGUGGGGUCGGGCGUGCUGCUGGCCCUGCUGAUGAUUGUGGCGUGCGCUGUUCUGGUGGUGUGCGUUCGCUCCAAGGUGCAGAGGCAGCGGAGGGACCGGGAGGAGGAGGCAGCCAACGGGGAGAACGAGACCAUCAACAACCUCACAAACAACUGCAACCGGGACAAGGACCUCAGCAUCAGCGUGGCGCCAGUGAAAAACAUCAACAAGAAGAUCGAUUUCCAAGGCGACCACGAUGACCUGGGUGUGGCUACGGAGAAAAACGGGUACAAGUCCAGGCACCAUGCCUCGGACUACAACCUGGCGCACGAGGUCAAGUAUGAGGUCAAACACGAGGUGAAGCUGGAGCAUGCUGGGAAGGAAAUGUCCGUGAAGGAGCUAUCCGAAAGCUGCGAAGACGUGAAGUGCCAAACCUCGCAAGACUCCUGCGAGUCUGAAGAAAAACGCAGAAAACGUCUGAAAAGUGAUGCUUCAAAGUAUUCAGAGUCAAGAUACUCCGAUUCAAAGUUCUCAGAGUCAAAGUGCUCUGAGUCAAAGUAUUCCGAGUCGAACUAUUCCGAUUCGCUGUAUUCCGAGUCAGCGCGUGCAUCGGCAUGUGCGUCGGCGUCUGUGUCGGCGUGCGUCGACGCCAAAUACAAAUCCGUCAUGGUUAUGUCGGAGGAAAAAGACGAAUGUGUAAUCGCCACUGAGGUGUAGCGGGUCUCCUGGGCACCGAUGCUCAUUGUGUCCUAUGGGAGACGUUUUGGACUCCCGCGUGGAAAAUGCUGCUGUUCGAAACCUUAGGUGGAAGCGUGCCACCUCUUGACCACUGCUGCUGAGAGAGUAGGACUGUUUUAACUGAUAUUCAGGGUGAGCUGGUUCUCUGUUCUGAACGACGCACAGGCUGAAGCUGGCCUGUCUACUCGGAAACCUACAGAAAAAAGAUUUAGGGGAGGGGGGGGGGGGUGGUCACUAAACGUUUGCAGUCCCUAUUUCAAAUAUGUAAAUUUGACCUGUAAAGCCAUUUUAUAAAGGUGUUGGACAAUAUGUGUCCACCGUUUUGUUUUGUUUUUUAAAUUUGUGACAAAAAAAGAUAAAUGAUCAUAAAGAACAAGAAGAAGUAGGAAUUCAAGGAACUGUAUCGCGACAUUUUGCCAUGUGGUGUGCGGUACUCUGGCAACGUUGUGGCAAUGUUUUAUCAAUAUUUUGGCAACAUUUGCUGUUUUUUAAUUUCUCGCCAAUAUCUCCAAGCCCACACAGGCUAUUUCUGUGCCCAGAGUCUGCACCAAACGUUAAAGACGUUAUAUAUAGUAUAAUGUAGAAAUGUAUCACAACGUUUUUGCCAAAUAUCCAUCUCUUGGAUUCUAUGGCAGCGUUGUGGCAACAUUUUAGCAAUAUUUUGGCAACAUUUGCUGGUUUUCUCGCCAAUAUCUCCAAGCCCCACAAGUCAGUGUGCAAGAGACUACAUCAGAACGGUGGAUGUUAGGCCAUACUGGCUUGUCUUUCACGAGGUUGAAUGUUGCAUGAUGUCAUAUCCUGUCACAUGACCAGUGGAGAUUAUAUGUAUUAUUUGAUCACUGUGUAAAUGGGAAAAAAAGUGUGCAAAAGAUCUCUAAGUCUCCCGAGCCUCCACUUCUGUUUGUAAUAUGGUUUAUAUGGUUUUGAAUAUGUAUGUAAUUAUUUUCCUGUCAUGAAAAAGCAUUUGUGUUAAUAUGAAUAAUAUCUUUAUAUGUUUGUUUUGCUUGUUUCUUUUUUUAUUAAAAAAGCUGUAUGAGUUAAUUUAUUUUAUUUAAGUUGUAAGUUGUAUUUCUAAAGUUUUGUAAUGUUUUUAAGAUUAUUUAAGUUUUUUAAGUUGUACUUGUUACUUGCAAUGGCACUUCUGGUUGCUGGGAUGUUUCAAAAAAAUAUUAUUUAAAAGGCUUGUAAAAAGAAUGUUAUCAAUGCUAUUGUCUCAUUCCUCUUUUACUUUUGUUUUUGUUUCGGGAAGGAUUUAGCUUAAAUUAUUUUUCCAAAUAAAGAUU